AGCCAUGCACGCUGGGCAAUCAGGUAAAAGAAUCCUCUCGCCCAGGUUAGAGCCGUUUUGACGACAGGCUCCCUUAUCCGAUUCCUUGUAGAAAAGUAACUCGCCGCAAUGUUUCGCCACCGCGGAGAUCCGCUUGGGCUUCCUCGUCCCCCGACACCAUACCCCUUCCAGGCCGAUCAGUCCCGGGGAGCAACUGAAAAUCUACAGAGCGAUCGCCCACCCGCACUCGAAGAACGUCCUCGCCUCUACUAUGAGUACGUGCUUAGCCAACAUUACCGUGCUAGGCCGUCCGAACUAGUAAAGGUAGAGAAACAGCGGCCCAGCCACUCUCGCACCCGCCUAGCCCAGUGCCGCACAGUCGCCGACGCAAACGUCCGGCGGCAGAUCCUCGCACAGAAUGCGAGGAUUAGCCGACGAACGCCCCCCCUUUGCUACCAAGCCUUUCGCGCUAGCGGCCCUAAGCAGGUCGAUCAGCCAAGAGUCCGCUUUCAGCUGCCCGGCCGAUAUACAGAGAUCCACUACCCUGGGGCCGAUCUUGUGGAAGUGUUUGAAGGAUUGCAGAUCGGCGCUCGACGAUCAAGAUCCCCGCAGUGCAGCUCUUGCGGACGGCAGUUAUGGUGCCGCAAAUGUGGGGUCGUUGAGUAGACGGAUGCUAAAUGAGAUCGGCUUUUCUUUGCCAUUCCUCUUAGCAAGGCUUAACCAGUAGUAUCAGACAGUGUACCUAGUAGGGAGUUGCUAGAAUGCCCCGAGACCUCUAGUAUGAACUUGUCGGAUAGAGAGUACCUAAACUAUGAACUCCAUGACUCCGGAUCAUUGCAGGGACAGAAUGAAAGCUCUUAUCCAACUAUUCGAAUUUGCCA